CGGAAGGGCGAGAGGGCAUGGAGACCUCCUCGCCCCUGCGGCUUCUGGAGGUCACGUCCCCGAGUGAUCCCUUUCCCUCUGUCGGGUGGAGCCUUCAGCGAGCACGGCUGGGUGUGACUUUGCCGCCGUCUCUCUUGCGAGUCCGACUAAAGUUGCCCUCUCCCUCCCGCGUACGGAGCGCAAGAUGGCGGCCUGCCGGGCGCUCUGGGCUGCGCUGCGCUCCCUGGCGUCCGGCCGGCUGAGAGGCAGCGGCGUGGGCUGCGGGGCCCGAGCCGCCGCUCGCGCUCCUCUGGCCACCGCCCCCGGGAAGCCCCUUUGGAAAGCCUAUACAGCACAGACACCCGAGAGUGUUACCCCAGCUGCUGCCUCAGAGACUUAUUUAAAGGCUUUGGCUGUUUGUCAUGGGCCUCUGGACCACUAUGACUUUCUGAUCAAAGCUCAUGAACUAAAGGAUGAUGAGCAUCAGAGAAGAGUCAUACAGUGUUUGCAGAAGUUACACGAAGACCUGAAAGGAUACAACGUAGAGGCAGAAGGCCUCUUGUCAAAGCUUUUUUCAAGGCGCAAACCUCCAAAGGGCCUGUAUGUUUAUGGAGAUGUUGGUACAGGAAAAACAAUGGUGAUGGACAUGUUUUAUGCUUAUGUGGAAAUGAAGAGGAAAAAACGAGUUCAUUUUCAUGGAUUUAUGCUAGAUGUGCACAAAAGAAUACAUCGCCUUAAACAGAGUUUGCCAAAAAGAAAAGCAGGAUUUAUGACUAAAUCAUAUGAUCCAAUAGCUCCUAUUGCCGAAGAAAUCAGUGGAGAAGCCUGUCUCUUAUGUUUUGAUGAAUUUCAGGUCACUGACAUCGCUGAUGCCAUGAUUCUGAAACAGCUUUUUGAAAAUCUGUUCAAAAACGGGGUCGUCGUUGUGGCAACAUCCAACAGGCCACCGGAAGAUCUCUAUAAAAAUGGACUCCAAAGAGCUAACUUUGUACCAUUCAUAGCUGUCCUAAAGGAAUAUUGUAAUACGGUCCAGCUGGAUUCUGGAAUAGAUUACCGGAAAAGGGAACUUCCUGCUGCAGGGAAACUCUACUACCUCACAAGUGAAGCUGAUGUGGAGGCUGUCAUGGAUAAGUUGUUUGAUGAGCUGGCUCAGAAACAAAAUGAUUUAACUAGACCAAGGAUUCUAAGAGUGCAAGGCAGAGAGCUGCGGCUGAAUAAAGCCUGUGGAACGGUUGCCGACUGCACAUUUGAAGAGCUGUGUGAGAGACCACUUGGAGCCAGUGACUAUUUGGAACUAGCAAAGAAUUUUGAUACAAUAUUUUUACGAAACAUUCCACAAUUUACUCUGGCAAAGAGGACUCAAGCCCGAAGGUUCAUAACUCUCGUCGAUAACUUCUAUGAGUUCAAGGUGCGUGUCAUUUGCUCUGCGUCGACUCCUAUAUCAAGCUUGUUUCUGCAUCAGCACCACGACAGUGAGUUGGAGCAAAGCAGAAUACUGAUGGAUGACUUGGGGCUGAGCCAGGACUCAGCAGAAGGGCUCUCCAUGUUCACCGGAGAAGAGGAAGUUUUUGCGUUUCAGCGCACCAUCUCCCGACUCACGGAGAUGCAGACCGAACAGUACUGGAAUGAAGGAGACAGAACCGGAAAAUGACUGUCCCUCUCGCAUAAAUGAGGCUCCAGUGUGUGGCUGACGCAAGGAGAAUGUGACGGAAUCAUCUUCUCAUCAUUAAUUAUGCAUUUUGUCCUCUGGGCCAUUUGAAUCCAAAUUUGCUAUCAAAGAUGUAGUGGAUUGUUAAGUUAAAGACUUACUAUUUUUAUAGGUCUAGUUUCUCCUAUCAUUUGGUUUUAUUUCUGCAUCAGAUCUAAAAUCAUCACUCCUAUAGAUUAAUGGAGAACUGGACAUUUUAGCUUCACAUUAAAUCACCUGAAUACAUGAACCUUGAAUACAUGAGCACACUGUAGAUGCUGCAUGGGAGUGGCCCAUUAGAAACACAUCUUUUUUUUUUGAGUUGGG